AUGGCAAACAUCGUAAUGGAACACGUGGAAGAGACCGCCCUGCAAAGAACACAACACGUACCCAAGUUCUACAGACGCUACGUCGAUGACACUUUCGUUGUUCUUAAUCAAGGCCACCUGAACGACUUCGUUUCCAUUUUAAAUGGUGUGGAGCCCACAAUACAAUUCACGCAAGAGGUUGAACAACACGGCACGCUCUCUUUUUUGGACGGCAGCGUUCGCAGAUGGGAAGACGGCACGCUACAAACCAGCGUUCACCGUAAGCCCUGUAACAAGAGGAAUUUCUUGAAUUUCGAUUCCCACCAUCCGUUGGAGCAAAAACGAAUCGUCGUGAGAAGCCACAGGUCUGACAAGUUCGCCUCGACUGCUGAACUACUCGCAGCCGAAGAAAAGACGAUUGCCGACUCGUUGACUAAGCGGGGAUACCCCAAGUCAUUUAUUGCCAACACAAGACGACGGAUGCAAGAGAAGAGAUCACACGACAAGAGUAAUCACAGCCAGGGCAGUGUGUGCAUUCAAGACGACUUUCAAACCUGUCAUGGAACUUCGUAG